ACCACCAUAAUCACCACUAAUUUAUAACUUCAAGAAAAAACUAAGUUUUACGUACACGAACACGACCAUGGAUGCUAUCGAGAGAGAUUGGUACAGAAGACGAGCAUCUAGCAUUACACCAGUGGCACAUUUCUUCGGAAUUUUGUCUAUUAUCUUGUUGUUAGUUUGGCUGUUGCAUUAUCGAGGCGGUCUUAGUCUUGAUUCUGAUAAUCCAUACCGUAUUCUCAAUGUUCAUAUUUUUCUCAUGUUCUUUGGUUUCAUUUUCUUUGCUGGUCAAGCCAUGAUGGUGUACAAGAGCAUAAAUGCGGAAGCACGGAUGCAAAAGUUGACACACAUGUUAAUGCACGUAAUAGCGAUUACACUGGGAAUUAUUGGUGUAUAUGCUGCCUUUAAGUACCAUUACAAGGCAAACGUUACCAACAUGUAUAGCUUGCAUUCUUGGAUAGGUCUCGGAACCUUCAUUGUUUACGGAAUCCAGUGGUUCUUCGGGUUUGUCACAUUUUGGUUACCAAGGCCAGGCGCUACAAGAGCAAGGUUAGCGCCGUGGCAUGUGUGUUUCGGAAGAGCAUUGCUGUAUUUCGCAAUAUGCACGGCUGAAACAGGACUUAUGCAAUUGUUUACUAUCCUUAAAUUGGCUAACAGCAACGAGGGUCGAUUGAUCAACUUCACUGGCCUCGCGAUUCUGAUCUUUGGCAUUAGCGUUGAUCUAGUUAUCGCCAUAUCUCGCUAUUAUUGAGAUGUUUCAUUCUUGUGAUCGUAUUUGUGGUGUUCUAAGAUUGUAAUAUAUUUUUUUUAUGGGUUGUGCAUACAAACUUAUUCAUAUUAUUGAAGUGAUGAAAGUGUAACUUAUUCUUUGAGUUUGUUGGAUUGUUGGUUGGACGAGUUUAUGUUAUGAUAUGUGCAUUUUGCAUGUGCAAUGCACACAAAAA